CCCUUGACCAGCUCCAAGCUGUGGUCCAUGCCUCUCCGCGAGCGCGGACCACCAUCAACAAGGCAUAGACAACGGAGCCGUCUCGAGAACGCUGCUUAACGAGGGGCCCAUAGAUGCAAAUGCGCCCGUCUUUUGCCCGCUCUGAAUCGUUCCGCUCGACAUUCUCUUUUGGAUCGCUCGGAUCUGCUGCCGCCAGUACCGCUGCCGCUUCGGACGCGCCGCCGUCCUAUGUCUCUCGGUCGACGGCCCCGCACUACUCGGUCGACCCCGCGAGCGGUGAACACCGGCUCGCGCUGAACCCCAGGCCGGGGCAACACGAGGCAGCCAGCGGGCGGGGCGUCUACGUGAAGGAAAACGGGAAGAUACGGGUGGUACUGCGCAACCAAGAGCCCGACGCCCCCGUGCCGACAUACGGCCUCAAUUCGAUCAUCGGAGGCGAGGUUCAGCUGGUGAAGGAUAGCAAUGUGGUGGAGGUUACGGUCCAGUUGGAGGCUCGCAUAUCGCUAGCUGUUGCGGAGGGUGCCACCAUCCAAGAACCUUUAUUCUCCCAGACGUCUACGGUAUGGAGCGAAGGAGAGACCGCUACCUACCCUGAUCGACUACAAUUUGCCGUACCUUUCCCUCGUACGUACCAAGAUGGAUCUCGUACGCGGCAGUCGCCGCCGUCGUAUGAAGUGACGUUCCCCGGUGUGCCUGGUCUGCAUGCGAAGACGUCAUACUCGCUCGUUAUAACCGUCACCAAACGAAGACGUCAUAUGUCUUUGUGGAAGAAAAGCGACGCUAUAUACAUUCGUGUGGGAUAUUACCCUAGAACACGCUCGAGCAUUCCCAUGAUACCGAGCGGCGCAACGUUUCUGUCAACGUUCAAGGAGUGUCCUGAGGAAUGGUUCCAAGGGAUGACGACUAUGCAGACGCGUGCAGGGUGCGGUUUCGAGCCUAUCGAUUGUCAUCUUUUCAUCCCUUCUUCUCGUGUUUACGCAGUCACCGACACGAUUCCAUUCCACGUCCAGCUCACCGCCCCGCUAUCCUCUCUCCAGGCCUUCCUAUUCUCGGUGCCUCCGUGCGACAUCCCCUCCUUUCCCCCGGAGUAUCUCACGCGCGUGCUCUCGCACGGAUCGACGGUUUCCCCACGCUUCAGCCUCCGCGUCUUCCUCUAUCGGCAGAUAACCGUCGAAGUCCGUGGGCAGAAGACAUGGCGGCUGAGCAUACUCGGCGAAGGGAACCUGAGGCCGCUGAGCUCCGUGGCCAGCCUGACGGCGUACGCGUCGCGGCAGUCCUUGGUGAACGUGAACCAGCUCGGGUGCCUAGAUUGGGAGGGCGAGGUGAAAUGCGACCCGGAUGUCCGCGUACCCGGGUUCAACGCGGGGAAGCUGGUGGUGAAGGAUUUCAUCGUCCUCGGGCUCUCACCUCCCGACCCUGCCGUAUCGCCGUUGCUCGAGCAUCAGAAAGCGUUUCCGAUCCGACUUGUCACCGACCCUUGUGAGGCAUGGUGGUAGUGAACCACGUUCCCCGUGUCGUCAUCGGCGGCACUUUGGCGCGACGCGUCAGCGUCUCGAUAACCGUCUAAACCCCUGCCGGGUUCGUCGUCCUGGGCCACGGGACGCUGGAACCCUUUCUUCCCGUGGUCCGCGAUGGGAGCUUCGCGAACAUUGGAAGGUUUGCCUUCCUCGACCGCCAGCCAUGCAGCAUGAACCUUCACCACAUCGGAGAUACCAAGAUCCAAUGUUUUCUUGUCCUCCCGCGUGCAUCGUCGUUGUACCUCGCCACUCUGUCUCCUACCAAUACUCCGGUCGUAUGUUAAGAUGGACGUCUUGCUACUUUGCUGUACAUUCGUUUUGUUGUCUUUAAUUCUACUCGUCCGCUUGAG